CCUGCCGUAUCCCUGCGGGGCUCGCCGGUGAGCCCCCACCCCAGCCAGCCCCUUCUCCUCUCUCUCCACUUCCGUUACCACAGCCCCGGCUAGUUGUACGCCGGCAGCGACUGUCUAAUGCAGCCGUGGGGCUGAAUAGAGGCUCCGGGAGGAGUGAGAGGAGAAGGAGCAGGCGGCUCCGCGGCCCUGUGCCGGGGCGCAGAAUGCGGUGGGGCUCCAAGCCACAGCUGCAGCCUCCCUUAGGCCACUGUCUGUGGCUGCUGUGGUUGCAGCUGCUGACCUUCCUCCCUGUGGGCCUGGUGCAAGGGGAGGAGGUGGCGGCCUUAUCAGCACCAUGUAAAAUUCUGAAGGAAAUGGAUAUAAUUAAGAGUUCCGAAUCAGUAUGUUACUGCUACAACCAACUUACCCAGAUGGAAUGGAAAUGGAUUUGGUCCACCAUCCAGGUGAAAAUUACCAGCUCAGACAUGCUCAGCAUUGUCUUUGUCAUGGAAGAACAUAAUUGUCGGUAUCCAGAAACUAUCCUUUCUUUAAUCAGAUGUUUGAGUCAUUCUAUUUGGAAACCAAAGGAGUCUAAUGAUAUAACCAUUUAUGUUAAUCCAUAUGAGAAGCCUGUGUGUUUCUAUGUGAAGUCUGCCCAAAAAACAUUUUCCUAUACAGUGAAGGUGAAUCGACAUAUUGUGGAUGCAAAACUCUUCCUUGUGUUUGUGACAGGGAUAGUCCUGUUCUUUAAUGCAAAGACCUUGAGUAGGAGCACUGUUUUCUAUUAUUCUGCUGGAACCGUGCUGGGCAUUCUUAUGACCUUGGUCUUUUUCCUGCUGUUUAUGAGAAGAUACAUCCCCAAGUAUAGCACCUUUGGGGCCCUCAUGGUUGGUUGUUGGUUUGCUUCGUUUUACUUCGUAUUCCAGUUAAUGGAAGAAUUUAAGUGGCUCUGGUAUGAAAACAAAAGGUAUAUAUUAGGCUACAUUCUGAUUGUGGGAUCCUUGAGCUUUGCUGCUUGUUAUAAGCAUGGACCGCUGGUCCAAGAAAGGAGCAUCAACCUCUUCAAGUGGAUGCUGCAGCUCUUGUCCUUGGUCAUAAUUUACCUUGGGGUUACCACAGUCCAGGUUGCUUAUGCCGUGAUAGUACUCCUGAUUUCUUCUCAGGGUCUCCAUUACCCAUUCAGAGCUUUCUGCUAUGUGAGCAGAAAAAUCAAGGAAUAUUAUAAAUACAAAAGAAGGGCGAUUAGGCACCUCACUGAAGAAGAAUACAGGGAGCAAGCUGAAAUCGAAACGGCCAAAGCGUUGGAAAGGUUGCGUUUGCAGAUUUUGUUUUGGGAGCGAGUCACCUGUCACCGGAAGAAGUCAGAGCCCACGAAGAGCAAUAUGGCCUCGGAGGCUGGUUCUUGGAAGAGCAGCUCUUCAACCCUAUUGGCCCUCAGGUGGACAAUCCACAAGAUGAUUCCCCUCAGGAAGUGGCAGUCGUUGAAAUGCAGGGUGGCUCUCCAAGGGAGGAGGAAGUACUGUAGGGAAAACAAGACUGCCACAGUUUUCCCGGGAAUGCAGAUGGAUCCCAGGAGAAAGGGAAAUGAAACAAUAAAUAUCUUUUGUGCCUCCGAGUCAUCCUUGCUGGGGAAGUUCAGCUGUUCCUCCUACAUCGGUGGCAGCCAGGAUGCUUUGAAGGAUUCCUUCUGAGUUUCCUAGAAUGGAAUGGAAAGUCUUCCCCAGGAACAAAGGGAGGCUUUCUCUCUGUCCCUCGGGAGGCCAGCCAGCGCAAAGAGGCGCCUUUUCAGUCUUGCUUAAGUCUUCCUCCUGGUCCUCGCCUUAAGGGAGGCUGACUUCUUCUAACAGCGCCUCUCGGCUCCCGACUAGAGGAAGAGACCCUCGACAAUGUGACAGAGAAGCCAUAGACGCCAGACCUUAUUUAUUUGUUUGUUUGUUUGUUUUCGCUGUGUUGGAUAAAGAUGGAUAACUUUGAAAAGGGGAAACCCAUUUUUUAAAGACUUUGAUACUAUUUUAAUGGAAUGUAUUAGGACAUCAGUGUUAUUUUUCAUAUUUUACUUGAAUGGCCCUGAAGCGUGUUUCCCUUAUAAUAUUUAGAUUAUUUGUUGUGGUUGUGGUUUUUUUGUUGUGUUUCGUCUCAUUUUGAGCAAGUGUGGUGGAGUGGAUCGCGAGCGACAGCCAGGGAAACCAGGGAGAUCCAGGGUCAGGCCCCAUUUUUGAGCCAUGUGACCGGCGUGUAAUCCUGGACAAGGGACGUCAUCUCUCCGAGCUCCUGGCAGCUUUCUGAGACAAGAAGGUGUCGGGCUUCCGUGCUAGAAAAACUUCUCCAUUUGGGAGUUCCCUAGACCAGGGAAAUGGCGGGUCCUUACCCUGUCCUGUUUCUGUAGCCACACCUCGAGGAUCCGGGGAGGGGCGGGGGGGGGGGAGGGGGGAAGUUAUGACAUUAAACCAGAGAGGAAGGGAAAUAGAUGACAAUAUUUUUAUAGUAAAGGGGUAGAAACCUGGAACUGAGAUCGUUGCCCACAGCCCAAUGGCCCUCUAGCACUCAUAUGUAGUAGCAUCCUGGAAUUUGUCCUAGACUUUUUCUGUUCGAGAAUUCACAAACACUUUCUUAAGCCUUUUUAAAAAAAAACCCUUAUCUUUCAUCUUAAAAUCAAUACUAUGCAUUGGUUCCAAGGCAGAAGAGCGGUAAGGGCUAGGCACUGGGGGUCAAGCGACUGGCCCAAGGUCACAAGGCUAGGAAAUGUCUGAGGCCAAAUUUGAACCCAGAACCUCCCAUCUCUAGGCCUGGCUCUCAGUCCACUGACCCAGCCAGCUGCUCCCUGUAUGAUCUAUUUCAAUGACUUCUGUCAGUGUGCCUGGGCAUAGAAUUGUUCAAGUCAUCAUUUUAGUUUUAGACCCAAGAUGAGACCAGAUGAUUUUACAAAUCUAUUUUCUGGAAGGCUCUAGAUGGCUCAGUGGAUAGAGAGCUGGGCCUGGAAAUCUGCUCUCAGACACUUCCUAGCUAUGUGACCCUGGGCCAGUUCCUUAACCCCCAUUCCCUGCCCCUACCUCUUCAGUCUCAGAAGUACUCCUUAGUAUCCAUUCCAAAAUGGAAGGUAAGGGUAAGGGUUUUACGUGUGUGUGUGUGUGUGUAUGAUUUAUAUAAAUAUAUAACAUGUAUAUAUAAUCUAUAUUAUAUAUAAUAGAUAAUUAUAUAUAACAUAUCUAUAUUAUAUAUAAAUAUAUAACAAUUUAUAUAAUAUAUACAUACGUUACAUAAAAUUUCUAUAUAAAUUUAUAUAAUGCAUUAUAUAAAUUUAUAUAUGUAACAACAAAAUUUCUGCAUAAACAUAACAUGUAUAUAUUAUGUGUACAGAUAAACAUAUAACACAUAAUGUAUGCAGAUCUUAUAUAAAAUUUAUGUGUGUGUUAUAUGAUUACCUAUUAUAUAAUAUGCAUAUAAUGAUAAGUUUAUGUGUGAUAUACAAAUUUUAUAUAUAUAUAAAACCUGUAUAUGGAAUGUAUAUUACAUAUAUUUUUAUGUAUAUAUUUUUUCCUCCCCUGGUAGUUGUUUAUAAGUAUCUCCUUUGCCUCAGGCAAUCUUGGGCAAACAUGGUGGGAGUACAUGGUGUGGUUCAGAAUAUUUGGGGUAAUGUGACUAGUCUAAUUGAACUGUAUUUUGGUAAUUGAUAAUAUUUGGAGUAGAACACAUAGGGGCCCUCCUCACCUCACCUUCCCUCAGUCCAAACCAGCAUCAUAAUAUCACUUGAGACCUUGGGAAAGGGGAGGCGCAUGGAGAAAUGGGCACGAGGGUAGAGAGAAAGCCCUUUGGUUUGUGUGGGGUUUAGUUUCAUGGAUAUCAUUAUGCCAGGGUUUACACUUUUGAGCCUUUGAAAUUAAAGAAAUAAACAUUUUUAAGAGAACUUUUUUUAUUGUUACCUUAAACAAAUUUAUUUUGAUUACUGUGAAAAGUUGCAUAAUUAAAAUUUGUGCGAUUUUGUA